AUGUAAACAUCUUAAGUUUAUCAUAUAAUGAGUGACAAAUUUCACUCCAUAUAUAUGUCAAAUAUACAUGCAGCAGAACAGAUGAAUCUACUUCGAUCUAAAAAUUUAAGAACCAUUAUUUGUGUUGACAAGAGUCCCACUAAAUAUUAUACCGAUUUUGCAAAAUAUUACGUAAUUAUUUCAUUCGUAGUAUUUAGUAAGUAUUCUUACAAGACAAUAAAUCAACAAAAUAACUUAAAAAUAUAUGUGAAUUAAUCUAGAAUGGAUUAAAAUUAUCAUCAAUUCUAAUAAUCUGUAAUAAUGGAUUAUAAGGAGCACCAACUAUUGUAAUUGCUUAUCUCAUUAGUCGAGGCUGGAAAUAUGAAAAAGCAUUUUAUUAUGUUAAAGAAAAACAUAAUAUUAUAAAUCCAAGCCUGUAAUCUAAAAAACAAUUGAUUGAAUUUUAUGAGUCAAUCUCUAUUUAAUAACCUAAGGAAGAAGAAUUUACUAAAUUUACAUAGGUUCUUAAAGAGAUGUGGGAUAAUUAAACUUAUUUUGAAGAAUCACCAUACUUUGAAACUAUUACUGACUCUUUUCAAGAUGAUGGUAAUAAAACACCUGGGUUUAUAUCACCUACUAAUAUGAUUAAACGCAAUUCUAUAAGAAAACCUACUACUUCUCGUAAAAGUAGUAUGAUUAGAUGUACUUCUUGUAAUCAAAAUAAUGAUACCAAUGUAUAAUAUACUUUUCUAUUUUAGCUCAAUUAUUCAUUUCACUUUGAUGAAAUAAAUUAAUAAGAUUUAGAAUUAUAACAAGAAAUAUUGUCUCCAUAAUUCUUAUAAGUUUAAGAAAUUAAUGAAGAAUAAGAAGAAAAAUUAAUUAAAUUUAGAUCAAGAAGAAAAUUUAUAAGAAACAGAAGUGCAAAUCUUAAAAUUUGA